GCUGCCGAGGCCGGAAUCGCAGCGGAGUGCUUUGAUGAUGCUGGGCGUCGUUGCAUAUAAAAGAGAGCAUUGUGCAUCCACUGGAAGCAUUUCAUCUGCUGACUCGGAUCCCCCCAGUGGCACGUUUAGCUUCUUUUAGACACAUAUAUUGGCUUUCCACACUCAUGCAUUCUGGAGAGGAAGAUCCCUCGACUGUCUAUAUCAGUGAAGUUUAUUCUAAUCCUAUGUCUUACUACGAACAAGAUAGUCACAGUGCCAGUGUCUCAGAUGCACCCUAUUCCCUGGGGCGAGAACCCACUACAUAUGGUGAUGCCCAAGACCACCAUCUAACCGCACACGACGACCCUGCUUACAGGUCUUCGUCUGCUUCGUGUGAGACUUCUAGGGGUAUGGCCUCGGGCAGGGACUCCUUCCUCCCUGGCGGAUCCGCAAGCGUCACCGCGGACGUCCAGCAGCAGCCCGCCCUUACCGGUAGAAGGAGGCAACGCAAACCCAAGUUGUACGAAUUGCCCAAACAAGACGACCCGACGGCAGAAAUGAGGAGGGAAAGGGCAAUACGACAGAAGAAUAAAAGGGAGAAACAGCAUCAGGAUGAAGUGAAUAUGAAGCGAGAGACAAGCAGAGCACAAGAGGAAUGUAGGAAGAUGAAGAUAGAGAAGGAACUGAGAGCUUGUAAUAUAAAUAUGAUGGAAUGCCUCCUGGCCAUGAGUGAAUCAGCCAUGUACCCAGAUGAGAUGGGGGAGCCUGACCCUUAUGGACAGUACCAGCAAUAAGGCUGAAGAGGAUCAAAGACAGCGAUUCUCGGACACCUUUUCUCCCCAAGUCUUUCCCUUUAUUAUAGCCAGGAAUCUUACCCCUUACUUUGUACGAAAUACAGUUUGUUAAGGAAGAGUUCCCAAAUUACUAAUUGUAGGUUUUGCUCUUUAUUGUUGUUUA